AUGUUGUUGAUGAUCUUCUGGCAUAUUUUGAUCGUCCUCUUCUUCUCUAGUGGUCUCAUGAGUCUUUGCGCGAAGGAAGCUCAGAAACGCCCGGCAAAGCAAACUAAAAUGAGCGGAGAACAUGGUCUCAAGAAGUCGUCGGCCAGUACGGAUGACAAAAUUGAGCCGCAGAAGAAGAAGUCGGCGUCCGUACUCAGUGGAACUCCUAAUGCAAAAACUGUAAGCCUUUGCUAUGUACUCUCUGAAACCAUCUUAAAACAAGCUAACUUUCAGUUUGAACGCUUUUUAUAUUAAUUUGUAUCGCUUUAGAGCCGAGGAACCAAAGGAGAUGACGAUGGUGAAUAUGAAGAAAAUGCCAACGUUGAAUCGGUAAUUGAAGUGAAACAAGUGGGAGAUCAGAUCAUUUACAUCAAGAAUGGAGAGGUUAUCAAAGUUGCAUGA